UACUCCAACAAAGAGAUCUUCCUCAGGGAGCUCAUCUCCAAUGCCUCUGACGCUCUUGACAAAAUCAGAUACGAAAGCUUGACAGAACCCUCCAAACUGGACAGUGGCAAGGACCUGAAGAUCGAAAUUAUCCCCAACGUUCAUGAACGCACUCUUACCCUCAUUGACACGGGUAUUGGAAUGACCAAAGCCGAUCUCAUCAACAACUUGGGUACCAUCGCAAAGUCUGGGACAAAGGCCUUCAUGGAGGCUCUGCAGGUGAUGUGUCUGCCAGUGUUAGCAUGUUUAUCAGUAGAGAUGCACCGAAACCGAAA